AAACUUUCGUUAGUUGAGAAUCGGUCAACGAUCGGUAAGAAACCACAUGUUCUGUAUCUUUCGUUCUGUGGAACUUACUACAUCCAAAUUUUAAACUAUUAUCCUUGUCAAUUUGUCCAUUACAGUGAAAUGAAUGUGUGAGGCAGCACUUGAGUUUUGUCCAAAAUGUCUGGCUGGGCUGGUUUUACUGAUGCUGAACUUCAGCGUAUGAAGGGAUCAACAGGGGUUCGUCCUGGAACACGGAAACCAUCAACUUUCACCAAGCCCAAGUCAUCACAGCAAAGAAUGCUGCCACAGCAAAACAAAGGAGACCACUCCGUCAACUUGUCUCAGCCUGGAGUUAUCCCCCCUGCACAGAUGCUGUCUAAGCCAACUGUGCCAUCCAAUAACAAUACAAUCCCGCUCAAACCUGAGGAAAAGUUAAUACAGAAUGUACCUCCAAUAAAAACUUCAAAUCUCCCUGAGACACAGUUAAACUAUAAAGAAGAUAACAAUGGGAAUGUUGAAAACGCCGCUGGGCAGAAUUCUACUGAAGUGAAAGAGGUUCAGGAGCUAGAAUUGAAUCAGUCAGAGGUUUUGAGCCACCAGAUGAGCAAACUUGAGAAGUACCAACAACAACAGAAGCAAAUUGAAGAGCUGAACAAACAAAGGAAAAACCUUUUGGCCAAGGCUAUCUCAGAGAGGAGUAAGAAGGCAAAAGCUGAAGCGACCAAGCUGAAGCACAUUGAAAAAGAGUUGGGUCAUCUUGACCAGCUAUUGACCAAUGGAGUGACCAUUAUCAGAGACCGCAUUGAACAAGCCAGCAUUGCUUAUCUGGAGGCACAGCACCGAUACGAGAGGGCAGAAAGGGAAUUUAUUGAAGCCAAAAUUUAUUUGCAUGAAAAGGCAGAGAUGAAAGAGCAAUUGACUGAGCACCUGUACACGAUCAUUCAUCAGAAUGAAAUUCGUAAAUCAGAAAAAUUGGCGCAGCUAAUGAAAGAGCUGGAAAUGGAGACCGCUGUAGAAGACAUUGAGGUUAAGGUUGAUUUACCUCCCUUGAGCUCAUUCAACAUUAUGCCGACGCUGUCUCCAACAAAAGUGUUACGAUCUCCGACUUUCCCAACCACAGGAGGUUUAGGAACAGAAUCCAAAAUGGCUGACAACAGUGCUAAAUCUCAUCAAGACAGUCAGCCUCAGUCUGACUCUUACCCACAGCCAAUCAAAAGUACGGAAGAAAGUGAGGCAGAUUCUCAGCCAAUCAAAAACUUGGAACAAUCCAACUCUGACAGGUUAAGUGCGGACAAAGCGCAAGUUUCACAGCAAACCAAACAGACUUUUUCUGACCAGGAAAAAGACAUUUCAACUUUACCAAAGCCAACUCAAGAACAUGAAUCUCACGCUCAGUCUCCGUUGUCUAAUCUCCAUGGAGAGGGGGAUGCACCAGUGUCAUCACUUGGUGCUACUAAUGGUCAGACACAGCAGCAGGGAUUGAGCAACCAGUAAAACAUAUAGAGCUGUCUUUCCUGUAUCAGCGAAAUUAGAGGCACUGUCCACACAUAGCCCACGAUAUGUGAGACAUUAGCCUGCUGUUGGUUUGUCUUUAGUAGUGGAAUGCUGGAAGUGAGCCAGUGGUGAGCCAGUGGUGAGCCAGUGAUAUUAGGCACCAUAUCCUCAGACCACAGCGCUAAUUCUACCAUGUCUGCACCCCCAACAGAAGGCUAAUGGAAUGGUAGUGGAAUGCUAGAAGUGAGCCAGGGGUGAGCCAGUGAUAUUAGGCACCAUAUCCUCAAACCACAGUGCUAACUCUACCAUGUCUACACCCCCAACAGAAGGUUAGUGGUAGUAGAAUGCUAGAAGUGAGCCAGUGGUGAGCCAUUGAUAUUCGGCACCAUAUUCACAGAUCAUGGCGCUAACUCAACCAUGUCUACACCCCCAACAGUAGGUUAGUGGAGUGAUAGUGGAAUGCUAGAAGUGAGCCAGUGGUGAGCCAGUGAUAUUAGGCACCAUAAUCACAGACCACAGCACUAACUCUACCAUGUCUACACCCCCAACAGUAGGUUAGUGGAGUGGUAGUGGAAUGCUAGAAGUGAGCCAGUGGUGAGCCAGUGAUAUUACAGCGCUCUCUAACUGAAUGGUAGUGGAAUGCGAGAAGCCAGCUAUGACUUUGCUCAUGGUGAGCUAAUGACAUUAAACACUGUAUCCAGUUUGGGGCUGUAAGAUUCUCAGCAGAUGAAGGCUGGGUGAGUGAUAGUGGAAAGCGAGACACCAGCUACAUGUAUGGGUUUGCUUGUGGUGUUGCAGAUGACAGCAACACUUGUAUGUUCACGCCCUCACCAGGUGAAGACUGGGUAAAUGGUGGUUAAGCGCCUGUUACACCUAAGCCUGAUACAGCACUACUGUUUAGGCCUACUGCUGGAAAUAUCAUUUGAACGGUAUGAGUAUGUGAAAACCAAAUAGCACACUAUGUUUUCUGUUGUAUGUAUAUAUGUUUAUUUUCUUUGCUCAUUAUGAAUAUUUCUUGUUACUGCCUCACUUGGUGCACAGAUGUUAAAGCAAAGAAAUACGAAUGUUUGACCUGGUGUCAGUGUAAUGUAACUGGGUGGGGUGUCUUGCCUGGUGUCUUUGUCAUGAUAUUUCACACUGGCCCGGAUAGCAUAGUUGGUUGAGCGUCCACUUCGGGAGAAAUAGAUCCAGGAUCAAUCCUGGGUCGAGUCAGACUUUAAAAGAGGAAGUUGUAACUUCCCUGUUUGGCGUUCAGCAUGAAGGGGAUAGUGCAACGACUGGUUGACCUGUAUCAGUAUAAUGGCUCGGGCGGGGUGCCUUACUUGCCUUUCGUAAGUCGUCUCAGUGAAGCAGCACUAGAUAAAAGAGCGGUGAAAAUCCGUCCUGCAACAAGGAGGCACAUUAAAUACACCCUAAGGAUUCCUUCUUCGUCAUAUGACUGACAAACUGUUGAUUACGACGUUAAGCCCCAAGCACUCACGCACUCACUCACUCACUCAC